GGAGUAUACCUGCGCUGGUUUUAGCUAGUAGUGAUUAAACCUCAUGCAAAACAAACAAAACAAAUAAAAAUAACAAAAUUUCAAUAUAUCUUGCACACUUUGUUUACGCAUUAGGCAAUACGAUGCGGAGACAUGGUUUAGGCUACGUAUGGAAUUCGCUGGGGAGCGCAUGAUCGAGUGUACCUGGGGUACAAUGCUUUUUCUCUCCGUGGGUUAUUUUCAAACAACGCACAGAUCCGAGCGUUGAAAUGGUUUGUACUGUAGGCCUAGUCCGUUCAAAGAAACCAAACAGCCGAAGAAAAGUGAUAUAGCACAUCUGAAAGUAUUGAAUUAUUUUUUAAAUCCUGGAAUCGUCUUCUCUAUCUCAGUGCGUCUUCCCUGUCUGAUAGCUUACCACACAUCUGCAGCCAAUGGCGCGAUGCAGGUGCAAUGGACGGAUACUGUGCCUGUGCCUCCUGCCCUGUGUGAUGAUGGGUCAUCUUGUCAUAUACAUCAUGGUGUCUAUAUUCAUCACGGUCUCCUAUUCCCCUCCCCAAGUACCGGUACUCUUCAUCGCCCCGGGGGCCUCUGCUAACUCUGGGGCCUUGGCAUCCCAUCCCCUGGGCCCCUUCUGGAACCUGCGUCUGCAGGAGACAGCCCUGUGGAACCGUUUUCAACACACCUGGGACAGACGGUACAACCCUAUUCUACAGGGGAACGUGACCAAUGCAAGCUCCUCCUCCGCGAGGCAGGGCAGCGAGGGAGCUCCGUGGCAGGGCCGAGAGUGCUCCUCCACCUGCGUUUCUGAUUCGGAGCAGUGCUGGGGCGCCCAUCUCCACGACUACAACACCCUCCCGGAGCAGAUGAAGGCUUUUGUCCUGUCCAUGCACUGCAGAGAGUACCCCCUCCUCAGGAACCAGCCUGGGGUCUGCGCCAGCAACGAGAGCGGGGAGUGGGAGACCCCCAUGCUCCUGAUGGCCAUCAAGUCCCAGGUGGGUAACUUUGAGAACAGGCAGGCCAUCCGGGAGACGUGGGGCCGGAGCGGCCUGGUGAAGGGGGAGCAGGGGAGGGUGGGAGGUCUGGUGCGCACUGUCUUCCUCCUGGGGAGGCAGGACUCGACCACGGGGCCCCAUCCGGACCUCGGAGGCCUCUUGGAUCUGGAGAGCCAGCAAUACAGAGACAUCCUGCAGUGGGAUUUCAGGGAUUCCUUCUUCAACCUCACCCUGAAGGACCUUCUCUUCUGGCACUGGCUCCAGCAUCACUGUCCAGGCGCGCAGUUCAUAUUCAAAGGCGACGAUGAUGUUUUCGUGAGGACAAACGCGCUUCUGGAUUACCUACACAAACAACGAGAGGAACACGACGCGGCGCAGGCGAGUAGAAACCAAACCGAGACGUUGGAUUUGUUCUUCGGUGACGUCAUCAGCAACGCCAUGCCGAACCGCGCGCCCAACACCAAGUACUACAUCCCCGAGAGUUUCUACGAGGGCGCGUAUCCACCUUACGCCGGAGGAGGGGGCGUGGUCUACUCUGGUUCCCUCGCCGUGAGCCUGAGACAGGUGUCCGAGAGGGUGCGCAUGUUCCCCAUCGAUGACGUGUACCUGGGCAUGUGCCUCCACAGGCUUGGGCUCUCUCCAAGACACCACCCCGGGUUUUUGACCUUUGACCUCCCUGAAUCAGAGAGGGACAAGCCCUGCGCAUACAGCUCUGUGAUGCUUGUUCAUAAGCGUAGCCCCAAGGAGAUGCUUACACUGUGGAGCAAGCUACAGACGCCUCCCUCUCCGUGUUGAUGAAGGGGAGGGGAAUGGGAAUAGCCCAGUGGUUAGAGUAUUUGAUUGCAGAUCAAGAGGUCACAGGCUCAAAAUGCCCUCUGUAUGUCGUCUUGGGUUAAAUGCGGCUGUAAAUUAUUAUAUAUAAAAUACAUUAUUGAGACACACAGUGAGAGGGGAACCAAAGCACAGUUACACUGAGACACAGGUAGAGGAUGGUCAGAGACAUCUCUGGCAGGAAGGAGAAAAAACCUGGACAUCAUAAUGUAUAAAGCAUGUGAACAGGAAACACACAGAAACUGUAAAGGCCUGAUAUCAAAAACUUUUAAAUAACAUUUCAAUCAGUUUGAUUGAACUGUGCCUGUCUUUAUUUUUGCUUUUAUGGAAUCUGUAAGUAUGUAUAAACAUUUAUACAAUAUGAGAAUUGCAACAUCUUAAAAUCUAUAAGUACGCCUAAUGUAGAUGCCUCAAUCAUUUUGUUUAAUCAGCGCAUACAUCAAUACUUGAGCGAUACUUCAGAAAACAUUGUCAUUCACCAAAUGGUAUUUAUUGAUGUGCUGGUGCAAUACUUAAAUAUUUAGUUCGCGCACAUUUUUUAUUAUCAUGCCGUUUGUUUAUGCCUGUGUAUUUGAGGGAAACCUGUUAAUGAUUUUAAAUAUAUUUAGACUUGGUUUUUGGU